UCAGUCAUUUCAGGAAGUACACAGAAAUUCAAAAUUCGAUCAUUUUCAAUUACUUCUCAAUACACCAAAAAUGGACUUAAAUUGAAUUGACACCAACCCUAUAAUGCACUGUGAUAGAGGAUGUACUUACCACCUGUGUUCUCCUCAGGUAUAAUGCACUGUGAUAGAGGAUGUACUUACCACCUGUGUUCUCCUCAGGUAUAAUGCACUGUGAUAGAGGAUGUACUUACCACCUGUGUUCUCCUCAGGUAUAAUGCACUGUGAUAGAGGAUGUACUUACCACCUGUGUUCUCCUCAGGUAUAAUGCACUGUGAUAGAGGAUGUACUUACCACCUGUGUUCUCCUCAGGUACGAGUGUCCUGCCGGCUGUCUAAAGUCCACAGGGAAGGUGGUUGGGACGGUACACUAUGAGAUGCAAUCCAGUAUCUGCCGUGCUGGCCUCCACUCUGGAGUGUUAGAUACGGAUGGAGGAUGGCUGGACGUCACCAGACAAGGCAGGAAGGACUUCUUCAUCAAGUCCAACAAGAAUGGAAUUCAGUCUCUCGGGAAGUAUCAGAGCGCCAACUCUUUUAUCGUCUCCAGAGUUGCAGUGAAAGCUAUCACCUGUGAGACCACGGUGGCUCAGAUGUGUUCAUAUCAAAAGCUUGUAAGCACUGCCCAAGGUUAUAUUGCCCCCGGAACUGCAUGGAGGAGAACCCUAACAUAUCACGGGUCAUCGGAACCGGAAUCUAUUCAGAUGUCGGUGGAGAAUCUGGUGCGUUCUUAG